AAGGGCGGAGGUGAAGGAUGCGGCGAUCGAGAGGAAGAGGGCAGUUGUACUAGGCGGAAUCGCGUGGGCGAGAGACUUCUGUUUUUUUCUUCUCGGUGACGGGAUCCGACCCACGGCCCAUAAAUAUCGUGGCCCGUCUCCUUUUUGCCUUUUUUCGCAGUGCCGUUCCUUCGGUUGCAGCACAAGCCACGCCAUGGCGACGACACGUUCCCUGCGCACCUCUUCCAGGUGUUGCCUUCUCCCUCACUCCCGCUGCAUGCCGCCGCUGCCUCAGCCGCCCCAAAGUCGUCAAAUACGAAUAAGAUCGCUCUUUCCCUUCUCCAAUCCCUAUCCCCAUUUUCCGAUCCCUUACUGGCAAACCAACGAGCUCUUCCAGGAGAGAAGCAAUGGCUCCGCGCACGCCCUUGACCUUCGCUGCUGCGCUCUUACUCAUGAUCCUCUCCGGCGGAGCAUCCGAUCUCCCUGAAGACUCCCAGAUCCUCCAGGUGACCGAUCACCGGCCACUGGGAGCCACGGAGCUGCGUUUCCGGGCUUUCUUGCAGAAGUACAACAGGGAGUACCGCAGCCGGGAGGAAUACGCGCACAGGAUGGGAAUCUUCGCGCGGAACCUCGCCCGGGCGGCAGAGCAUCAGGUGCUCGACCCCACCGCCGUCCACGGGGUCACGCCCUUCUCCGACCUCACCGAGGCGGAGUUCGAGGAGGCCUUCACAGGGUUGGUGACCCGCCGCCCGGAGUUCCCCACCGCGGCUGUCAUGGAGGUCGACGGCCUCCCUUCGAGCUUCGAUUGGCGUGAGAAGGGCGCCGUCACCAAUGUCAAGAUCCAGGGUGUGUGUGGAUCUUGUUGGGCAUUCAGCACAACAGGAGCUGUUGAGGGGGCAAACUUUCUGGCUACCGGGAAGCUUAUCGACCUCAGUGAACAGCAGCUCAUCGACUGCGAUCACACGUGUGAUGCUGUAAAGAAGGAAGAGUGCAACAAUGGCUGCCGAGGCAGGCUGAUGACGAAUGCCUACAACUACUUGUUGCGAUCUGGCGGCCUCAUGGAGGAGAAGUCCUACCCUUACACCGGUCGACAAGGCGAAUGCAAGUUCGACGAGGGAAAGAUUGCAGUCCGUGUGACCAACUUCACGGUCAUCCCCCUCGACGAGCAGCAAAUGAUGGCCAAUUUGGUCCGCCACGGCCCCCUUGCAGUGGGAUUGAACGCAGCGUUCAUGCAGACGUACAUGAAAGGCUUGUCUUGCCCAUUGAUCUGCCCUCGGAAAUGGAUCAACCACGGCGUGCUACUGGUGGGAUACGGCGCCUGAGGGUACUCGAUUCUCAGGCUGGGGCACAAGCCCUACUGGAUCAUCAAGAACUCGUGGGGGAAGCAGUGGGGCGAGCAAGGGUACUACAGGCUUUGCAGAGGCCGCAACAUCUGUGGGAUCGAUAGCAUGGUCUCUGCUGUGGCAGCAACAUCAUCAUCAUCAUCAUCCUAAAUAACUUGGAUGACUUUGUGAAAAGAUGAAAGGUGUUGUUGGAUUUGCAGUAGUUUUCUUUCUUUGACACAAAUGCAGUGACUGGCUUUGCAAUUCGCGGUGCGUUUCUUUGUUGUGUUUCUCA